AUGGUUGAAAUGGCGGAGAGCCCAAGGGCUCUCGGAGUGCAAGAAGAAAAAGAUCUGAAAAAGUUCUUAAAAUUUCUUUCGCUGAAGGUAGGUACACGUCAAAACCUUACGUGUCCUUUGCCAUAAUAUGAUGCAUAUGUCUUAAGCUUGUCUUAAAAUUCGCAUAUGUUGACGUGUUGGUUUAUAGGCUAGCAAAGGCUUUCCAAGGAAGAAUAUCUAAUAUGCAAUUUGUAGCAGUUCCGGCAAUUUUAUAGCUUCCAAAUGAUGUUGUUAUAUAAUUGAAUCUAGCAAAACUCACAGACUUUAGAGAAUCUUUAUAGUUCAAGAAGGCAAAUGCGGAUGGCAUUAAUUAUAAAUCCAACGUAUGUAUUUCAUAUAGCAAAGAAUGGAAUAUGCGCUAAACUGUGCGUAUUUAUUUUCGCAGCAAAAUGCUUGAAAUAUAUGAUGUUACGAAAACAGUUCAUGACAGUUGCAGGAUGUUUACGUCUUUGUGUCCCAUGACGUUUGCAUUAAUUUUGUCAUAAAUGCAUAUUAUGCAGUUUUACGGCAGUCCAAUUUUUUUUCCGGGUAAUCAUAUAAAGUCUAUCAAUUUCAGCAAGUUGCAAAGCUCAAUAUCUUAAAGGAAAUUGUAGCCAUUUAAAACUGCAAAAUUGAGUGACCAAAACGUUAAUGAGCCAUGCAUUCUUUGUAGAAUUUAUGAGAAAAGGAAUUUAUCUUAAGCUAUUCAAUUUAUCAGGCGUAAAUGUUCAGAGAGUGCUAAUAUUGCUGUACAAGGUUUUUGUCCACUGAAAAUGAAAAUUACUCAAUUUCCUGGUGGAUUUAGUCUCAUUACCUUGAUCGUAGAGUGAUAUUAAGCAUAGAUUACUGACAAGGCAAAAAAAAGAUGUAAACAAAGAUUUCUCUAUAGGGACAAUAAUCAAAACCCCCCAAAAUCCUUUGUGUUGGAAGGAAAGUCCCCAAAAAGCCAAAACCCCAGUUUCUAUUUUUCAAACCAUAACAUUUAGUAUUAACGCUUGCAGUGAAAUCUGCAAUCCUGGUUUCAUCUUCCCACUCCCCCCUAAAAAAUAAUUGCCAGAAAACAUCUUUGCCUCCAAAAUCCCAGAUUGGUGAAUUUCAAAAUGUAAAAGGUCCCUUGAUAAUGAAAGUAUCCCCUUUCCUGAGGGUCAAAAUGCUACAUGUAUAAUAACCUGCAAUUCCUAUGAUCAGAUUACUCUUGCUAUGCAUGUGCACAGUCAGGGUUCUCAUUAAGUGGCAGCAGCCGGCUAAAAAACCGGCUACUUGGAGGUUUGAGCUGUCUACUUUUUGGGGAAAUAGGCUAAAAUGAGAGAGUGAUAGCUUGAAAUUGCCUACAGCACUCAGUUACCAAGCCGCCUACUUUUAUAUCCUAGCUGUCUACUUUAAAAAUUAAUGAGAACCCUGCACAGUGAUUUUGUUACAAAUAGUUAUAGUGAGUCCUCAGACUCAUCUCAUGAAAAAUCUUGAGUGCCAGUCCACCGGACUGAAUUGACAAUUAGCAGUCUUGGAUUACAUCCUUGAAAUUUCUACUGUAGUCAAUUAAUAAAGAUAAAUCAAUAUAAUUAGCUGCCAAUAAACUGUAGAGGAGACCGAUAUCCGGCCGUAUGAUCCUCAUCCAUGAUCAGAGUCCAUCCGAAAGUCUUGCAUGAAGUACAGCGGAGAUUCCUUAGCUUCGUUAACAACAUGGAACUUUAUCACUUUGCACAGUAACCAUUGAAUGUUAAUCUUCGACAAACAUUGUGCAAUUCUUAUAAACCUCUAGUAAGCGGACACCCUCUGUUAAGUGGACACUUGGGAAGGUCCCGAAGUUGUCCGCUUAAUAGAGGUUUCACUGUAUAUUUUUUCCAGCUUACAUAAUAAAUGAUUCUUUCACUUCACCGUCCAUUCUUUCCUAUACUUUUUUUAGGCUGUACAAGUUAUCGUUCAGUCACGUCUUGGAGAAAAGAUCCAUACAAAGUCCAAACCCAAUUCCAUGGGACAAGACUGGGUAAGUUACCAGGGCUGAUGUCAAGUUGCCUAGUAAAUGAUGGAAGUAGACAGGGAUUUAAACAGCUUGGGAUUUUGAUUGGUUCUAUUUUUCUUCUAUUUUCCUACAAAAGUAGGUGGGGGUCACAUUCAUAAUGGCCAGGGGAUUAAAUCACUGGCCCCCAGCCCUUAAAAAUGACAGCCAGGCUGAGAUGCUGUACAUUGUGUCUUACAUUUAGUUUUACUGAAAGUUUUAAUACAGUGGAGCAUACAUGUGUGACCAUCACCUCUUGGGAAGUGGAUCUGCAAGGAUGGUUACAGGUGUUUCAGUUGUGGGCUCAGUACACCCACUUUACUUGGAUUAAUUUUUACAAACAAUCAAAACAGGAAAAACCCAACUGUUAGUGUGAGAAGGAUAUGGAGAAAAUAAAAAGGUUUGUUUCCAUCGACGUAUUUUCAUGGCAGGUACUAUUUUUUAUCUGUAAUCAGAGAAAGAGAUAGAAAAUGAGAAAGAGGCCAAUCAUAGAAUGCAACAAAUUUGAAUCUGGAUUUGAUUUCUAUAAUGAAUCCACUCCACUGGAAUGUGGAUUCUUGGUCAUCCCAAUGUGUGUUUGCAUUUUUGUUAUUUUGUUAUUUUGGAUCUUUUUAUUUGACCAUAACUGUAUUUUCCCUUAUAAGUUAAUUUAUGUUAAAUGUAAAUUCUUUCAGUUCAAUCUUGCUAUAAAUGAUCAUCCUGAUGUUGCUGCAGAAGUUAAGAAAGUGACAAGUGGUAGACUUCCCUCCAAAGAAAGUCCCAUGUGUGUAGAGAUAUCUUUAAAAACCAACGAGGUAAUUAAUAAUGGGUGAGCGUUACAGUAGCAACAACUUAUAACAACAACACUUAAUUAUAAUACCGGAAAUGACCUAAGGCUAAUAAAUGCCCACUUCCAAAUAAAUGCCUCUUAUCUAGUAAAUCCCCCCUCUACACUGUUAAAAUUGUAUUAGACGCCCCUCUCUUGACUAAUAAACGUCCCCCCCAUUAGAAUUACUCCAAAAUCUUAGGAAUUAGCAAAAUUAAAGGAGCAAAAUCGUUCAUUUCAAUUGGUUUCUUGCUUGAUUAACCAGGGUUUACGCAUUUCAUCUUGAUUAAUGUCAAGUUCAAAGUAAGGAUAGUCUAACGAUGGCAGAACAAUAACCCUGAGCGAGAAUUCUGACAUCGAUGUUGGUAUUUGAAAGAGUGAUAUGGAUCUCUAGACAGUCUAGAUACCAAUUGAUGGAGUGGAUAUUCCGAUACUAGUAUUUUUAAACUCUCUUGAUAUUAUUGCCAAAAUUGCCAAAAGCAUGUUAGUUUUAUUGAGCUUGUUACAGUUAUGAGAAUAAACACCUCUCUCUUUUAAACGCCUCCUAUCUAUUAAAUGCCCCUGUUUGGUACCCUAAAAUUAAAUAGAUGCCCUGGGCAUUAAUUUGGUCAAGUUAUUUAUUAUAAUUAUUAUUUAUUUAGUCCACAAGGUAAGAAGAAAUAACAUUACUAUAAAAUUCAACCUAAUGAAAAGAGAAAUAGUUUAAGAAAUUGAUGUGUAUUUGUAGGCCCUCGGAGAGAGUUUUCUAGAAUAUUUUGGGGUAUGUUAAGGUGUUUCAAUUAAUAUACUUUUUCAGAGGCCAUACCAAUAUUUCUCAAUCGCCUUAAAAGUGAUUUUAUUCUUGUCAGAUUGCUAUAAAAUUGCUAUGAAAUUUUGGUGUAGUUUCUUUCUUGUGAUCCUGAAAACUAACCUGUUUUCUUGCCAUUCAUUUCCAUGGAUUAUACUCUUGCCAUACCUUUGGAACAACGGGAGUCAUCUGCAAAAAAUCAUUCUGUCGUUAUAAAAGAUUGCUUAUGAUGAUGGGUCCAAAAUACCUUUAGAACACUAUAAAUUGUAAGUGUAGGAACCUGUUGCUCAUAUUUUGUACUCCUUGCUUGUUUAGGGAGAAUCUAUGGUUUUAGAGACUUGGUGCCUUGGUAUGAAUGACAGGGUUGAUUCAAAUGCCAAAGUGACAUACGCAGUUUACAACAGAAUUGGAAUGCUACUCAAAUCUCUUGUGUCUGUCACAAGAGUGACACCUGCUUAUCAGUUGUCACGGAAACAAGGGACGGAUUUUAUGAUGUGCUACAAGUAAGAUAUAAAAAAGUGAUGAUAUUAUUUCGUAAGUAAACUCUGUUGUUCGGUUAGAUAAGCCAGCAUUCAAGAAUUUUUUUUGUCUCCUAGCUCUAAUGUCUCAAGGCCCCUUAUCCAGUGGGUUAUCUGGUCGGUUGGUUCCAUCCAAGCCUUGCCAGCUUUUCCCUGCCCAACUUUACCCACCAAAGCCUUGUGUUUUUUCUUUGUGUGUGUGAUUUAACAUUAAAAUUUACAUAUAUUAGGUGUGAUCUGCAGGUUCGCACGUUAUUGCUUGCCAACAUUAACUUUAAUUUUAUGCUAAACGCGUGAACCUGCAGAUCAUGCCUAAUAUAUGUAUGUAUGCCUCCUCAGUCAGCAAUUUCUUUUGUUGUUACCCCUUCCCCACUCUCCCAUUAUCUCAGGCUUCCUGUGGUUGCUUGUAUUUUUACAGUUCCAACUUUCCUCUUCAUUGCUCGUAAGUUUAACUGUCUUUAGGUGGUGUUUAAUUAUUAAAUUUAGGGCAGGGAAUUGCUGCCUGCAGCAUCCAUCCAGCCUUGUGCUGAAGUCAGGGGAUUAUGGGAAUUCUGCUGGUCGAGGACAUACAUAUAACCCCAGACACAUAGAUGUGUGAACCAUGCGUCCUUGCAGUACAGGCAUGUCGCAUCCCCUCAGCAUGGCGCCAUGUGCCUAUGUAGGCCCCUCAUCCAGUCAGUGGGUUCUAUCCAAGCCUUGAUGGCUUUUGUUCCCUUCUUAACUAUUCCCGCCAAAGCCUUGUGUUUUCUCUUUGUAGUGCAUGUACAGUAAUUGCUAACAUGAUUAUUUCUUGCCAUCAUCAUGCUCUCUCAGGGUUUAUUUUGGUCAAGUCAGCUUUCAAGAGCUUGGAGAAGGUCAGUUUCAGCAUCUAGUGUCACAGAACUGAGUGAAUGAAUGCUAAAAGAAGGAAAAUCAGAAAAAAAAUUAAAGAACUUUUAUACUGAUCAUUUAAUAAACAUUAAUUUAUAACCUCUUAGCCAAAGAACAAAACAAAUCUAAACAAUUUUCCUGGCACAAGGGACAUAAAGGUCUAAGCAAGUUUGAGGUGAACUAGAGAACUUGCUUCUGGAAAUUUUUUUAAUUUGAGUUGAUCACCACAUCUCAUAAUACGUAAAACCUGACUGGAGAUUUAAAUGACUGGAAUGAAACAUGAACUUGGGGCAUGUGGAUUUCAAGGCCAGGAUAAACCCCUAAUUCCGGGGCAUCGUGACUCCCCAGGGAAAGGGGAUUGUUUCGAAGAAUGUAAUAACUAUGGAAUUGCUUAGUUGGUCAUAAGUAUAAACACAGAGUUUGAGGGACAACAAGAGUGUAAGGAGAGUUUUGGAAGCUGGAGUUUGUUAUUUUGAGCAACCACUCGAAAUGUCACAAAGUACUUCCUUGGAAAACAUAAUUAAUUUGCUAUAUAUUAAGUUUUUGAAAUGUUGUAAAAGAAAGUUGAAAGUUGCAGACAGAGAUGUUACAACAUGAAUUUGCCUUUUGUUGUCUGCUCAACAUUUUCUUUGCUUAGCAUUGUCUUGUAUAAAUCUAACCAAUUUGUUUUGACUAAAUGAAUAAUAUUACAGGUUUCCAAUCACUGAGAGUUGGAUCAAUUGGUACCCCUGUGGGAUCCAUAACUCUAUCUGCUGCCUACAGAACAAAAUUGACUUUGCCAGAGAGGUAAAUACAAAAUUAUCAUUUCCUGUUUAUCUUGCUGUAUUGCAAAUAAUCCUUCUUCACUUAGUGCCACGUUUUACUCAUGAUGGUGGUAGUAGUAGUAGUAGUAGUAGUAGUAGUAGCAGUAGCAGUAGCAGUAGCAGUAGCAGUAGCAGUAGCAGUAGCAGUAGUAGUAGUAAACUUUAUUAACGUGUCAAGAAUCUCUAGUGCAUAGCACUAAUUGGUGGCACAAAAAUAGAAAUAAAAUAUAUAGAGAGAAUAAUACAUGGUCGCGCGGAGAUAUGGAAUUUAUCUUCGAGUGUUCACAUCGAUAUCGAACGAGUGAGCGCAGCGCACGAGUAAGAUAUCGAAUGUGAACACGAGAAGAUAAAUUCCAUAUCUCCAAGCGUCCAUGAAUUAUUCUGUUUAUUAUAUAAACAAGAAACAGCCAUUCCAUAAACCAAAACACUCCCAAAUAGUCAAGAACCCGACAAAUGUAAUUCAAAUUAUCAAAUUUAAAAUGUUCUCAAACUAUCAAAUAUCAAUAAUUUCACAUGUAAAAAUAUCGUAUUUUUACGUGUGUUCAGAUACCACAUUUCUUGGUGGUAGAAAUCCUUGUAAAACACUGCAGUUUAUAUAAUAAAAAUAAAUAAAAAUCAAAUAUUAAAAUAGUGUUAAAUUAAUGUUAAGAUAGAAAUGCAAAUUAUGAAAACUAGGGAGGUCAAAAAUCUAAACCUAUUUACACGUAAAAAGAUGUAUGUACAUGAUAACAGGAUAGAAAUUUUUGCUUUGUAACAUAGGCUCUUAAAGUUAAUUAUUGCAAAGCAUGUAAUUUCUACAGCCAUCUCUAUUAAGGCAGUCAGGUCUGUUCUCCUAAGUUUAGUCUUAAACAUGUUAAUUAAUGUCUUCCAACGCAGGUUUAUGAGAUUCCACCGCUAAAAAAGGUUAAUUUGGUGCAUCCUAUGCUACUGAUGUAGCCCCUGAACAACUUAGUCACUUAAUAUUGUAGACUAAAAGAAAAAUACACAAUCUUUGGCGGUAAAUGGGACUAACGGUUUUUGGGUGCAUCCUGAGGUAAAAACAAGGGUGGCAGCAACUUACCCCAUAAAGUGCAUGCAGCAAGGGUGGCAGCAACACACCCUUAACUGGGUAAUGCAAUGAGGGUGGUGCCGACACACCCUAGUAAUAAUAUGUAAUGGAAUAUGGGUGGCAACACACCCUCUUGAAAGUCAAGAAUGCUGAUUAAAAUUUUUGUGCAUAAUUUCUUCAGACAGCAGGUCAUGGUCCAGAGUAACCAUUUUAGUUCCGAGUUAGUAAAGAUGUCUCCGGAUCAGUUGGAUGGUGUGUUGCCUUGUGUGCCAGGUGGACAUGGAAUGUUUGACUUGUCUGCUGAAGCUAGGUGUGGCAUAGUAAUUUACCAUUAACCCCAUGUAAAAUCUUUAGUCAUUAUUAAAAUUGAACGAAUGCCAUGAAAUCACCCGUGAAGUCAUCCCGAUCAGCUCUCUGGAAAAAGGUUGUAAGAGCAGGUCCUUGUUUUCUUGGUCGUAAACUAAUUAAAUGGAGGAAAAGACAUUUCUACUCACAGGUUAACAGUUACAUUUAGCUGGUAAGGCGAGAGCGGAGGUACAUUCAUGGUGCAGUUCUUACAUUUCACGGAGAUUCCUUGUUUUCAAACUCAUUAUUAUAGAUUAUCUUUACUAAAAAACAACGAAAAAUAAAAUUUAAACUAAGGACAGAAUUGAAUCAUAAGUUAUUUUUACCAUGAGUUGGAGAAGUGAACUAAAGUGUGAAAACAGUGGCAAACUUUACUCUAUCACAGUUCUCAGCAACCAACAGGAAAGCUAAUAAGCGUCUUUAAGUUCUUUAUUUUGUAUAUAACGUAAAACCUAGUUUGCAGAAGAACUGUUUGAAUACAUACUGGUGUGACUGUGGUUGUCUUUGUUAUGGUCACCUGUGCUUUCAUUUAUAGGCAUCAUAUUGCAGAGCAGAUAGCCAAUGCAACGGAAACUGAAGUGACUCAAUGUGCAACAGUCUCUUCAAAUACCCCACCAUCUGCAGCUCACAGACUCAGCGCAGCGUCUUCACCUCCUGGGUUGAGACGGGUCUCUCAAGAAAAUCAAAGCGCCACACAACAGAAGAUUGACAGGUGAACCUUGUUAAACCUCUUUUUUCAAUUAAAUUAGCUCCUUAGCAAGCACGUCAAGGUCAAAUCUAAAUCUACUGCAACUCGAAUACUGUACUCUGAUAUGGGACCCUAAUGAGAAGGGUGACAUUUUGUCACUCAAGACGUUACAACGUAAUUUCGUACCCAGAUCUCUUGUUGAAGAAGCCUUCAGCUUUGAAAAUAAGAGAUCCAGGUACGAGAUUAGGCACAACGGCGUGUAGAACGUAAUGUUACAGGUGACAGGUUACAGGUCUCUUGUGAACGAAGCCGACAAGAGAUCUGGGUUCGAGAUGAGGUUGCUGGAACAUUUCUUUACGACGUGAAAUUUCUUAACGUGGACUAUACAUGCUGACGAUUUCGUGUUUGUCUUUGGAAACUUUAUGCUUUGCCCAAGAAUUCAACUCCAGGCUCCGGUUGUUCAAACGUUGGAUAGCGCUAUCAACCGGAUAAAUCACUAUCCAGUGGAUAAAAAUAUUAGGGAAACCAAUUGCGUUAUCCAGUGGCUAGAGAUUUAUCCGGUGGAUUUUGCUACCCACCUUUUGAACAAAGGACGUUUCGCCUGCAUUUGACAAAUUGAGCGAGUUGGAAUAAAGACGAAGAAUUUUGAAACAGCGCAAAUUUAUGGUGACUUUGCCGCCGUCACCGGCGUUGUUGGUUUUAAAAGCUCUCUUACCGUUUAGCCUUUGACUCUACGAGCACAGGAUCAACUGCCACGCACUGCUCCACUGCUUAGCCUUUUAGUUCAGAUGCUAUAGCACCAUUGAUCGUAGGUACGACUGUAUGGUUAGAGAUUUCUGUUAUUGUCUUGCGUGGACCUAUUUUCAUGCUAGACUUUAAAUAGGACAAAUGCUUAGGUGGAGCUUUAUUGGAUUUUAUGGUGCUGUAGACGAGAUAGGAUUGCCUGUUCCAGGCGUUCAGAUAGUAGAGCGCGGGAGAAAAAUUCACAAAGAAAAAAAAACGAGGGGAUAUUUCCCCCCCCCCCUUUUUUCCCGUCUAUCUGAACGCCUGGAACAGGCUAAGAUAGGAAUGGACACGAUUUGCACUACCGCAUGGACAUGACCUUUUUACUUUUGAUCUGAUCUUGUACAUAGAAUAGAAUAGAAUAGAAUAGAAAACUUUAUUAAUGUGUCGGAGCCGUAUAGCUUGGGAACAACCCCAUACUAAUUUGGGGACACAAUUUAUAAUUUAUAAUUAAAUAUUAAAUAUUGUAUAUCUUGCAAAAGAACUGUUGUCGAAUAUUCUUAGGAGUAGAUCUUCUACGGACUAAAGGGUACCUCAACAGUUUUAAUAAGGAGUUUCGUCAUUUACAGCAUGUGUACUAAAAUUAACCCUCUUUUUGAUAUUUUAAACAGACAAAGAACUUUCUCUAAGCCAAUCAACUGUGCGCAGAUUCGAACCAAGGGAGCUUUUGUCAGCAGUGCAGACACUUCUGAAAUGGUAAGUUCGGACGUUUCAUCGUUACCAGGCCUCCCUCCUUUCUUCUACUUAGCGCGCGUCGUGUUUUGGAAUGUAACAGAGGCGUAUUUUUUGAGCGGGCGACAGCUGCUUGUUUAUGUUCGUUCGUAAUGCCGUGGUUGUCAUGGAAGAUUGGGGACAGUAGCAAAAAGGCUGCCUGGAAGAUUGGAAUUGUAGAAACAGCAGCUUUGCGCUGGGUGGUAAGGCGAACCUCGACUUUUUUAGAAUUCAACAAGGCCGGGUUACGUCCGGCGUCGAAAAGGGAGGGGGAAAGGGGAAGAGGAGGGGGAUUCCAUUGUUUCUCACCUUCUCCCUUCCCUCACCUCCCCAUUCUUUUCACCUUUCUCGCAGGCUAGUCGGACGUCCCCGUUUUUUUGUAUCCUUCCCAUGACAGACUGCGCUUUUCCGAUUUUCCGCGCCACAGUGAUGCAAAACAGGGAUUCUCGUUGCUUUUUUCACUGUACUUUUUGAAUGUGAUACAUGUCCCAUAACCUUUUCAUUUUUUCCUGACGUGUUCCCUCUGUUUACAGUCCAUGCUGCCAAACCUGUCAGCUACUCCACCUUUUGCAACACUAUUACGGAAAGACGAAGACAGCAAACCCAGCUGUUUACCUCCAGAUAGUAACCUUAAAAAUUCUUCAACGAUGCUUAAUAGAAAGGUAUGUAACACUUCUCCUAAGAAGGCGCGCAACAGGUACUGAACAUAAACAAACACUGUAAGCACAUGACGUCGAGAUAACUGAAACUGUAUGAAUAGAGAACAAUUUGUAUUACCAUAUUGAUUUCAGUGUAGUCCCCCCCAAGUUUGAGAAAUCAUUAAGCUAAGAAGAGGAGGCUUUCCCUGUAGUGUCACUGUUGUUUCCAUUAUCAGUAUUGUAGUGUUGUCAAGGAUAUCUCCCACUUUAAAAACACAGCAAUACAUUUGCCUCGUGCUUUGUCACUGCAUAAGAACGCUGUUUAUGUCUUAGUGUGUGUACUGAAAUUUCUGGACCAAAGAGAACGAAACCUCCCCUUUUCUCUGGAAUUAUUUGCUACCACCCAGUGUAAUCUCUAUCUCAGUGAAACGUGCACAAACCCUCAGGUAAAGAGCUCAUUUGGUUUCUGUAUUAUGAUAUUGCAGGAUAGUUCAUCGGAUAAAUUAGAAAGUAGACGGCCAUCAACAGUUCCUCCUCCUACACCCAGUCAGCUGGGUUGGGAUGAUGACUUUGUCAUGGUAGAACUGGUUAGUAAUAAAACGUGCCCNAGUGAAACGUGCACAAACCCUCAGGUAAAGAGCUCAUUUGGUUUCUGUAUUAUGAUAUUGCAGGAUAGUUCAUCGGAUAAAUUAGAAAGUAGACGGCCAUCAACAGUUCCUCCUCCUACACCCAGUCAGCUGGGUUGGGAUGAUGACUUUGUCAUGGUAGAACUGGUUAGUAAUAAAACGUGCCCUAAACAUACAUUUUUGAAUACAGAGGUUUAGAUAGUGACUAUUGAAAGUCAUUGAACGGGUGCUAAUUGAUCACACUCAUUUUAGAGGUUGAUAACGAUUUUGUCAGAUAAGCAUGGUUAGCUCAUCAGUCGGUAGAGCACUUGACUGCAGAGCGGGAGGUUGCGGGCUCGAUGCCAGCGGCCGGACCAACACUCAAGAUCUUAAAAUAACUGAGAAAUGAAGGUGUUCACCUUGAAAACGGCGAGACCUUCGCGUGGCACGGAUGACCAUGUAAAAUGGUAGUCUCAUCUCUAUUAGCGUCCUCGAUUAGUACUUUUGUGCUAAAGACGUUGACUCUUAAAUAAAGUGCUUUUAUUAUACAGCUAUUUCGAGAGAGGCUGUCGAAAAAAAUGUGCACGCGACAAUUCCGAAAGGUAAUAUGAGAUAUGAUCAAUACACUGUUCCUGACACUGUAGCUGUCGAGCCUACUUUUGUUGCUUUCGUUUAGCAUUCGCAAACGUACGUCCAUGACCUCUCGCACCAUUCUUACAAAUUUCUGUGAAGAACAGUCAACUGAAAACCACCCACAAUAGACACAAUACCUUUCGCCGGAUUGUCGCGUGCCGUUUUUCCGACAACCUUUCUCGAAACAACUGUAUACUCUGCCAUUAAAACCACCUUUUAUAAACAGCAUUACAGCUGGUACCAUAGAAAGUGCUGCUCCCGCGGUGGUAAAAAGAGCUAAGAAGUGUCUCAGUGUUAUUCUCAAAGACUGGUUCAGUCAAUUCGUUGCAAGGCAAAUUGAUAUCUGCUACGGCAGAUUGUCACUUUCAGCUGUCAAGGUCAAUCACCGGUUAGCCUGCGCCCCCCUGAGGGGAGAGGGCGGUUGUACAGAGGCUAUCACUGGUCAGAACUGAUCAAUAAUGUUAAAUUUACAACCUUUCAUAGCACUUGACACCAGAUGCCUAUUUUUACUUUUUAGAAGUUUUCAGUUUUAUUGCCCAUUUUGGGGCUGUUGCGCGUGAGAGCUCUGGGUUGGUGUUGUGUCGCAUUGCACUAUGGGAAUGUUUUGGGGGCGCCAACACUUCUGUUAUUGGCUAGUUCAAAGAUACGCGAGAAACUGGGUCAAAAUUCGUCCCGCACUGAAAACAGUCCCAUGAUGCAAUCCGAUCCUUCACCGAGCCAGUCUCCAGGGCAACUUCAAAUAGCCCACGUUCAAAAUGUUAAAAUUCUAACAUGACUCCGAGGCUUUCUGGUCAUUUUUCUAUAUUUGGUGUGGCUUUCUUUGUAUUCAAGUCUCUUUUGGGAAUUGCGAGACAAUGGAGUCGUGAAAAAUUUGCAAUUUCGACCCCAAACAGGCCUAAAGCCUCUGAGUCAUGUUAGAAUUUUUAUACAUAUAUAUCGAAUGUGGGCUAUUGUCUAGGUGUGAGAUGUUUUCAUGCCUAGUUCUCCCUUUUUUACCAGAAACCAGCGUUUGCGUCACACUCAGGAACAUCAGCAGGUGAUCUCGGUAGCUUCUUUCGUGAAUGCCAAGCUGCUCCGCCACUGAGUCUCUUUCAAGACAACGAGCUUCUUACACUCGACAAUGUUAUGGUACGUCAUAUAAGAUAAAGCGAUCUAACACACUUAAUGUCCGUCACCUAAGGUUUUACGUAAUGUGUCUGUCCAUCUUCGUUGUUGUUUUUAAUUGUCAUAUGUAGCUUUACUGUUUUUUGUUUUUUUACAAAUUUUUUUAACUCUGGGACCACUGUAAUUGGCUUACUGCUGCUGUGGUAUCCCUACUUAAUUAAGCAUCUAUUAUUCUUUCUUUCAGUAUAUAUUUAUUAUCUUUUCUUUUUUCUUUUUCUCUCUGUAUCAUGUAAUAGGCGAAGCUUAUAAAAUAAAAUAAAUAAAAUAAGAUGUCACGCAGAACGCUGAGAUAUAUACUCUGGGCUUGAAGUGGCCUCGUUUGGCAACAGUAAUCUUAAUACACGUCCACCUGGGAAUGAUAAUGCUCGUGGGUUGUCUGAUACUCCCCAUACACUUUCGAUUUUGAUUGUUUGUCCGUUUCUUUUUCUCUGCCGUGCGUGUUUAUUCCUACAGUUCAAUGUAAGGGGUUAGCUUAAAAGAAACUGUUAUGUUGCGUGGUUCAGGAUCUUAAAUACAAAGAUUUGGUGUUGUCAACGGAGUUGAUAAGGUAGCGAAGAUUGACCACCGUAGGGAGAUCGAUUAGAGGACGUUUUGAGUUCUAGAGCUUCUAGAGUUCCUGUAAACUAGCUUUAUAGCUACGUGUUAGUCACGUUAAUAAAGUAUGAGUGGUAUGAGUAUGAGCCCUUACAGGAGGAAGGAUUAACACAGUUGGUAAUAGUGCGCGGCCUUCCGCGCGGGAAGUCCCGAGUUCGAUUCCCAGAUGUAAGCACAAAUCCUUCUUUAGACUUCUUUCUUUUCUGUACAGCUGUAAAUGAUUUUGAAUACCUGUAAAACGGAGCACUGAAGGAGAGAGAGGGUAAAAUGAGCGCACUGACCGUCGGGCUCUGGUUUGUUAAUCAGAUGAGGACAAGAGACUAUAAAGGGGACAGAGAGGGCAUCCCCCAUAUACACCCUAUUCCAUAGGUAAUUCGUCUCGAGUUAUUUUUAACACCACAGAUCUCAAGGGGAUUAGACAACAGCCAAUCAUAUAGCGCGAAUGUCUUCCGCGUGGAUGACCCACGCUGAGAGCCACGCGUCCUUCACGAAAUGACGCAGAACAAAAUGGGGGAAGACGCGGAGAGCGAUUUUGCUAUUCCUUUUGUCGACGAAAACGACUACAGCGAGAUUUCUGCGAAAGCUGUGUCAGCGAAACCGAAAUUAAAAAAGAAUCGCCCUUCCUCUCUUGUAUAGAGCUAACAGUAGAGCAGGGAAAUCCUUAACACACUGAAUAUUCUCUCAGGAUCAUUUAUAAUUUACAGUUUGAAGAGAGCAAUUUCUGGUUUGAUGUUUAUUUUUUUCAGUCUUUAUAGCGAUUAUUCCUACCCACUUACUUUGUCAAUUGUAGGCGAACCCUCCUAAAGCUGAAUUUCAAGGGACCAUAUUCAAGCUCAGAAAGAGAAAUAAAAUUUCGUCGUUGCUUAUUUACGUCCUCCAUAAAACGCGAAAUUAGGCAUUUUCACGUCGUAGUCGUGCAAAAACGGGAAAGAAAUGAACAAAAAAGUGUGUUGCACGUGCGAAGUUGUUGUUUUGCUAAUUAAACCUAUUGUUUUUUUGACGUUCUAGUUGUCGUCCGCGUCGUUGGAUCUUAAACUCCCUAAAUUGUACAAACGACCGGUUUUUUAAAGCACUGAAGUUACGACAACUUCGAGUUAAACUGAUUUCACGGGUUGUCAAAGAGUCCAGCGAUUCCUUUUUCCCAGGUGAGCGCCGACUCAUUUCGCUUCAAUAUUCAGGAAUGCUCUCGAUCUUUUUACGCUUUCAUUGCCUCUCGCCCGACAUGUUUUGCACGGUGUUUGGUAAUGCGAAACCUCCACGAAACAUCCACGCCUCGCGCGAGGUAACUUUAUCCCGAUUCUAAAAAUAACUCGAGACGAAUUACCUAUGGAAUAGGGUGUAUAUGGGGGAUUCCCUCUCUGUCCCCUUUAUAGUCUCUUGGAUGAGGACUAUUUUUCAAGCUACCGGCGUAAAAUAAGGACCGUUUACCUUUCUCCCUCUGACAAGGGAUGGCGCUCGAAACUUUAGCAUCUUCUUCACCUACGGUGGCCAAACUACCUUAUCUACUCAGCUGAUAAAACCGAAUCUUUGUAUUCCUACAGUUCUCAAUUACGACAAUUCGGUCCUCAAUGUAUGUAUUCUUGAAGCUCCGAUUGCCAAUCCAAAUCUUCACCUUACAACGGUUUCGCUACUUGUCAAAUUCGCUACGUUCGAGUUCUAGUCGUCUCACUGCCUAUUGGCAAAGUCAAAACCUUGCACCCUCGGAGGGGCAAGCUUAAAGGAACGAGAAAUAUAUUAAGAUUUUUUUUUCAGAGCGAUUAAGGGAAUAAUUUCAGUGGUUUACAGAAAGUAGUAUGUAGCGAAUUUGUCGCGAACUAGGACGUAGCUAAUUGGACAAGGGGCGAAACUGGUUGUUACCAAAUAUACAGUUUGGGUUAGGACCAACACGCCCUUUUCGUUAGCGCGGACUUUCAAAGCCAACUAAUGUUGAAUAAUUAAUUAAAUUAAUUAAAAAUUUAUGUGUGGCUAGUAAACGCUUUCAUCUUGGGAAUGGCAUCGUUUUCGUUACUGUGCUGAGAAAUUAGGGAGCUUAAGCCGGCAAAGAAGUUUUUGAGUUUUCAACCGGAAGUGGACAUUUUGCAAUAUUCGGAACUGGUUCACCUACUUUUUUGGCCAAGUCGUCUCUUUAAGAGCAAGGCAAAAAACAUUACGAACUUGACCGCGUUAAGAUAUAUGAAAAGGGAAAAUGUUUCGCGUUCGGUUGACGUGCUUCACUCAAAAACGCCUUUACUUCAACUCCGUAUUAACGAAAGCUCAAAGAAUUCCUUUUGGAAACAUGUUAUAAACAACACUGACUGGGCGCUUUAUAAGGAGCAGGGCUCGAAAAAACUUGAAUUCCAGUUUGGCCUUUUGGCAAGCAGCUCUCACGUUUUUCUUGUCAAGGGCCAUUGCCUGUUUAUCUUACAAGAUGACUCUUGCCCAUUAGGUAGGUAAGUUUAAACCAAAGUUAUUACUUGCCCAGCGACAAAAUUACUUGACCUGCACAACCGGAUACGACUUUGAAUUCUUUACGGGACUUUUUGUGAGCCCAUGAAAUCAAGUCUUUUUUUGUUCUUUAUAGGAACGUUUGGAUGGAGAGCUCUGCGGCUUUCGCGAGAACGCUUUUAAAUUUGAUGAACUUUUAGCAGACCUGAAACAGAGAUGA